AGAGUAGGCUCUCAAACAGCCGUCAAAGGGGAGAAGGGCUAGUUGUGGCCGCGCGGAGUUUGUUUGACCUCAGUCUUUCAGACACCGAUUAGAACUCACGCUGUGACGAUUAGCCGCCGGUGAAAUCUCCGACUCCAAGUCCUCUUGUCGUCCUCUCAGUGGCCGGUCACCCUAUCAGAUAUGGAAGCUGACAUGGCGCAGGGACUUAUCAUAAUCGCAGCAAGUAUAAUCCAAUCAUACGUCGAGAUGAAGAGUACGAAGGAUAGACCAGGGGCAAGAAAGAGUUCGUUAUCAGGCCGGAUGAGAGCAAUGCCCGACUUUUCUGUUUGUUCAGGGACAUUGUUACACGAUAUGACUGAGCUCCUUGUUGUCAAAGAACGUUCUCUUACUUGACAUAACUUUAACGCUCACGGCGGGGUAGAUUGCAGCGUUUAGAACGUUCCGCAUGACUAAGCGUCUUACCUUGGAACGUUCUCUCUUCGUCUUUCGUAGGUCUGAUUCUAACACAAUAGCCACUACCAGGAGAUCAAAACGUAUAAAAGCGUGCUCAUCGCGCUGGCUACCCCUCAGAAGCAAGAACCGCAUUCACAGUCUUCACUCGCAAUCUUUCAACUCUACAACACUUACUCCCUCAACCAUGCCUUCUGCCAUCUCCAACGACACGCUCAAGAACAUCUCUCACCUCAUCGGCAUCCCCAAGGAGAAGCUCGAGGCACUCCCGAAGGACACCCUCGAAAAGUCCGUCAUCGGAUUCGAACACGCCAGACACGCAAAGGACGUCGCCUUCAACGCUAACGUCUCCACCCUCAAGGCCGCCAAGGUCGCUCUGACCGUCACCAACUUCUACACCGCGACCAUCGGUGUGACCAUCACCGACUUCGCCGAUAGCGUGCCGACGCCUGCAGGCAUCGACGGCACCGGCUCCGUUGGGUCGCGGCCCGACAUCGAGGGCGACCUAGUGUUCAAGCAGGGCGUGACCGAGGACGACUUCCUGUCGAAGACGAACAAGGCGGAUGUCGAUGUCAGCGCGGAGGGGAUCGCUGUAGUGUUGUUCUACCAGAACAGCGGGUCUGGGAUCACGCCGGACAACUACCUUGGCAAGUUCUCUGCUACGGAUCUGAAUGGCACGGGCAGCUUCACUGGGUCUGCUUCGGUCACCUGGAACAGGACGGGUGGUCCGAAGCCUGUGGGCCCGAAGGCGGGCACUGCGACAGUGAACAUCACGAGCUACUCCGACGCGACCAUCACCAUCUACGUCACCAGCUUCGCGAAGACGGUGCCGGCCCCCGCGAAGGUGAACGGAACGGGCUCGAACGGGACACGCACCGUCAGCGGGAACCUGACGAUCGUGUCGGGCAAGACGGAAUCGGACUUCAUCUCGAAUGCGAAUGCGGCGGAGGUGACGCUGCUGUCGAGCGGGGAGUUGACUGUGAAGGUGUAUGAGAACCAGGGCUCUGGGAUCACAGCCGCGAAUAUCUUGGGCACGUUCAGCGGGACGGACCUGCAUGGCACGGGUAACUUCACUGGGAGCGCGAGCCAACUUACCUGGACUUCGACUGAUGAUUAUUAG